AUGAAGCGCGCGGGGCGCGGAGAGGGAAGGGGGCGCGAGGCGGCGAUCCGCAGUGCUCCGCGCAAUUGCUUCAGCGCGCGCGCGGCUGUUGCUGAUUCGUCCCGCGGCGACCUUUCUAGGGGCGUUUUCGUGGCAACGGCUGCUGCUGCAGAGACAGGGGAGAGAGCAGCCGGGUGUGCCAGUAUCGAGCGGAUCGCGGAGCUGAUUCGCCGCACUCAUGCACCUGAGCGCGAUGCGCAUGGCAGCGCGGGACACGAGGAGGGCGCAGCAGAGAGGGGGAGUGCGGUGGUGCACGAGGGGCAUGGGGAGCAGCCAUUGCGGUCACUGGAGGCAGGGCGGUGGGUGAAGCUCAUUUGCGGGGCCAGCUUCGAGGACGUGGCAGAUGUGCGCAACCUUGCCUUCAUCUACACCCUUGCUGGUGGUACGUGCUGUGCUGUGCUGGGGUGCAUGCAUGGGGGAUGCACUGCCAUGCUGGAGGUACGGUGGUGGAAUGCUCAUGAGCUAGCAGUGGUUGUGGCAGCACGUAUCAACCUAUCCUAUCCUUCUCUCACGGACCGUGCUCAUCAUCCCCUUAUCCGCACCCCCACCCCGUCCUUCCCCCCAGUGGACUGCAUAGACUGUGCAGCAGAGCCAGCAGUGGUGGCGGCAGCAAGGGACGGCAUCACUGCCGCCAUGGCCUGGGCUGCACGGACCCUCAGGGGUGGGCGCCUGUAUGAGGGGGAAGCGGCAGCUGCCCAGAGGGACGGGCGCGUGGGGGAAGCAUUAGGGGAGCUGAGGGGUGGGAGUGGGGGGGAGGUUGCAGGGGAGGGGCUGUGGGAGGGCAGGGCUGGAGGGGGGGAUGGGGAGGGAGGCAGGCGGCCAUGGGUGAUGGUCAGUGUGAGCGAUGGGCAGGACCCGCACUUCCGCAAAGCAGUAUUCGACGCCUCUGUCUGUCCGUCCACCUGCCCUCGGCCCUGUGAGCGAGUCUGCCCCGCCGCUGCCAUCCGCUUCCCACCCGCUGCCGCCGAUGCUGGCCCCACUGCUGCACAGGCCAGCAUGGCCGGAAGCAGCAGCAGCAGCAGCAGCAGCGAUGGGGUGAUUGCAGAGCGGUGCUACGGCUGUGGGCGAUGCAUCCCUGUAUGCCCCCUGGGUCUCAUCUCGGCAGAGGAGCACCAGCGAACAGAGGAGGACACGUUGAAGCUCCUCAGCAGCGGCCUUGUUGAUGCCAUCGAAAUACACACGCUGCCAGGCCACCUGGACGAGUUCAACGCCUUGUGGGCAUCCAUCGGUGAAGCAGCAGGGGCUCUAAAGCUCGUUGCUGUGAGUCUGCCAGACCUGGGGGACAGCAUGCCGGCUGCCAUGCAUGCCAUGCACCACACCAUGCUGCCGCACCUCUCUGCGGCCAACCUCUGGCAGUUGGACGGUCGCCCUAUGAGUGGAGACAUAGGUGCCGGAGCGACACGUGCCGCCGUGCGAUUGGCUGCCAGGGUGGCGGCACUCCAGGACAGACCGCCAGGUUACUUGCAAAUAGCAGGCGGGACCAACAGUCACACGUUCACGGCAUUACACGAGCAAGGGUUGCUGCCUGCUUCUGGUUCUGAUCAUGCCCUCACAGUCGCGGGUGUGGCGUUUGGCGGACAUGCACGCAAGAUCCUGGCUCCAGUCCUUGCCCGCCUUGAAGCUGCCCGCCCAAUCACUGCAAACGAGGCUGCUGCAACCACAUUACCCAUCGCCCUGGCUGUGCCUCCACUGCAUGUUGAGAGUCAGCCGCCUCUUCUGCUCGAGGCACUGGAGCUUGCAUGUGCUCUCGUUCAUCCGUACAAAUUGCCGCCUCCAACAUAG